AUGUUGCUAACCACUCCACUUCGUAUGUUUGGACGACAUUUGCGACCUUUGUCGAAGAAAACAUUGAGAAUGUACUCUGCCGUCGCGCAGCCAUUGACUGUACCAGAGCCAGACGGAAGCCAACUAACGAGCUCUCCCAAGUUAGAAAAACUGUACACAGAAAUCACUUCCUUGACGAUGAUUGAAGUGUCAGAGUUCACUGAAUUAUUAAAAGUCCGUCUUAACCUAAAAGACAUUCCCAUGGGAGCAAUGGUCAGCGCCCCAGCUGCAGCAGGACAAGAUGAAGAAGACGAAGUAGCUACAACAGUCAAGACAAGUUUUACCGUUAAACUUAUGAAAUUUGAUGAUAAACAAAAGGUCGCCUUGAUAAAAGAAGUAAAAAACUUAAUGGAAGGCAUGAAUUUAGUACAGGCUAAAAAGUUUGUCGAAAGUGCUCCAACGGUUAUCAAAUCAGACAUUGGUAAAGAUGAAGCAGAGAAAUUAAAAGAAGCAUUUACUAAAGUAGGAGCUGAAUGUGUAAUUGACUGA